GCCAUAUGAGUCCAGCAAAGCGCACAGAGCUGAGCAUCCAGUGGUCCAAUAUUAAUCUUUUUCCUCUGACUGGGCACGCGCGCUCUCUCUCUCUCUCUCUGCGUCUUUGUGUGUGUGUGUGUGUGCGCGCGCGCAGCCGCAGCAGCUCGUGAACUCAGCGCAAACCAGCGGUGACACACACUUGGUCGCGAAGAAGACUUUUCGGAGAGUUUGAGAGAAACAAAGUGAAGACGCGGUGAUGUUUCCUCCACGCAGGGAUCACUGAGAGACUUUCAGGAUGAACUCCGCUGUCACAGCAGUGGUCCUCGGAGUGCUGGUUGGGACUCUGGCCAAAAAGGACGAGUGUUUUUCAGGCCAGUUUACAACCAGAGGGGAAUGCUGCAGGCAGUGUCAGCCCGGGGAGGGAGUCGUCAGAGCGUGUGGAGUCAACCAGACUGAGUGUGAUCCCUGCCUCGACAGUGAAACUUUCUCAGAAAACCUCAGUCACACAGAGAAAUGUAAGACCUGCACACAGUGCACAGGUCUCCUCCGCAUGGCAACGCCGUGCACGGACUCCAAUGACGCUGUCUGUGUGUGCAACUACGGCUACUACCAGAACGAACUGUCGCAGCAGUGUGAACCCUGCACCAAAUGUCCUGAGGGCCAGGGGAUGUUGUUCAGCUGCGAGCUGGAUCAUGACACUGUGUGCGAGGUGUGCACUGUGGACACAUAUUCGGACCAGGAAAGUUUUCAUGAGCCCUGCAUCCCUUGCACCACCUGUGAUGAUGAUGAGCUACUGCAGGCCUGUACGUCUGUCAUCGAUACAGUUUGUAAAGUUCAAUACCUAUCAGUGUCUCCAACCCCCUUCAUGAACGAAGGAGGUGAAGAUGAACUCUUUCCAUCAGAGGAGCCUCCACCAGAUAUCCUUACAGAGAGAACCACCACCACCACCAGUGGUGACUCCCAGGAGCGGAUCUACCAGGGUCUGAACGACAAACUCAUCCCCAUCUAUUGCUCCAUCCUGGCUGCUGUCGUGGUCGGCCUUGUGGCCUUCAUCAUUUUCAAGAGGUGGAACAGCUGUAAGCAGAAUAAACAGGGGGCCAACAACUGCACAGCCAACCAGAACCAGACUCCAUCACCUGAGGGGGAGAAGCUGCACAGCGACAGUGGCAUUUCUGUGGACAGCCAGAGUCUGCAGGAGCAGCAGGGCCAGACUCAGGCCCACACAGUUGUCACCAUGGAUGAAGAGCCUUGUCUGCUCCUUCCACUUCACACCAGGGAGAAAGUGGAGCAGCUUCUGUUCCGGGGCAGUGAAGGGGACAACUGUGAUCACAUGGACGACAGUGACUGGUGCAACCUUGCGGGCCUCCUGGGAUAUGAGGAGGAGCGGAUCGCUACCUUCCAAAAGGAGGAUCAUCCUGUCCGUGCCCUCCUGUCUGACUGGGCGAGCAAGGACUGUGCCAGCAUUGACGCACUGUGCACGGCACUGCGCAAGAUCAACCGUGACGACGUCGCCCAGAGUCUAGUGCUCAGUCCAAGCACAGUGAAGCCAACAGCCACCUCUGUGGUGUGAGUGAAGGUCAUCAGAGAGUGCCUCAAACAUAACCUUUAUAUUGAUCUGGCCGCCCUCACUCCACAUAAUUCAUGCUAAACUGCUUUAAGCUAUUCCCUCAUGAAGUCAGCAGACACAGUGAAUCAUUUUAUGUUUAAUUAAGGGUUAUAAUGCCAGAGUCAAGUCAAGGCAGAGACAAUAAUUCUACUGUCAGGAUGUGCCUGUAAUCAACCAUUCUGACAUUUGUUCUUUUUAAAUCCACACAGUGUAAAGAAAGGUGUGGAUAAGGGUUUCCAGUAAUCAUUCUUUUGUGAGCCUGGAAUAUCCUUGUGCCUCCAUGCAGCCUUUGACAUCCAGCUGACCAUUUCCUCAGACUUUUGCAACCUUGAAAUAGCAGCUUCCUGAUCCUCUACAUCUUCAAUCAACAAUAAUAGUUACUUAGCCAGUUACUUAUAACUUAUAUGAUAAGCUGUUGUACGACCUUGCAAGCAUAUGCUAACCAAAGAGGAGUAAACAUCUCCAGACCACGCGCCAUUACUGACAUGCCAUGUUACACACCACACAGUAUGUGGAUCAUUGUAAAUAUGACAAUCUGGGGAAAGAUAUUUGGAUGCAUUUCAAGUCGGUUCUUCAAAAGCCAAGUUCACCUACAUGCCCUUAUUUUAUGUGCUUGUGUUAGGUUUCAGACAUGUGGAAUUAAUCUCACCUUUGAUUUAAAUGAUUUCUAUAGCGAAGACUUUGCUCGUUUUUGCCUGCCACGUUCCAACCACGUGGUCUGUGCUGCAGGACACUGAUUGAAGCAACAUGAGAAUCCAGACUAUAUGCUCAGGCCUGUCUACGCAACACAGGAGCCAAGUCAUCCAAUAACAACAACCAUAUAUACUGUAUAUAGAUAAAAUGGCAAGUGCACACACCCAGUAGAAGGAGCAAAGUUUGUAUAUAGAACCACACAUACCUUAGACCCACAAUAUGUAGCCAUGCAUGCAUGUACUAUACAGACUCUUACUUUCAUUGUUAUUUAAUCUACAGAACACAGACCACACCACCGCCGUAAACAUCCAUCAAUCCAUUGUCUACCGCUUCUAUCCUCACUGUUGUAAUAACUCACCACUGACGCCGUUACUCUCAGGUAGCCUAAAGAUUUUACUAGAUUAUUACUAACCACUCACAUAUUACACUUCAUGUAGUAGUGUUAAUUAAAAUGAAGGUAUUCUCACUCUACUCUCUAAGGACCAUUGUGUUUUAAUUCUCAAAUCACUGUAAAUGGUGUUAUGUCUCCUGGUUGUAGCACUUAAAAUGUACGUCUGCUUUCCAUCACGGAAGUGCCUGGAGCUACUUCAGGUAUCUGCUGAUGUUGUACAUUUGAGUUUUGGACUGUUUUUGUAAGUCUAAUUGUUUUUGUUAUUCUUUUUUUUUGUACUUGUAAAUAAUUAGUAAUUUUCUAUUUUUUAUGUUACUAAUAUGUGAAUGAGACUAGUUUGAAAAGUAAAGGCAAAGGGAAGGGAAGGGAAGGGAGCUGCAUUUGUGAGGUGUUAAGUGUAACUUGAAAAAUGACUCGGCAUGAAGUCAUGUGUCAAGAUGCUACCAAGCUAGAGCUUCUAAACAUCUGGUAACAAGUGGUGCCUUCACAUUGGGUCCAUUUGCGCUUAAAUACCUAAAGAGUCCUUGUUAACAAUUUGUGUUCCACAUUUCUUAUUUGUCUUCGGAAAACUUUCCUCGUGGAACGGUUUUCUUUUUGUCUUUCUUGCAUUAUGUCAACGUUAAUGCCCAUUUCUACUCUAUUUGUGUCUGUUUUGUGUGCCAAACGUUAUCUCUGUCACGACCCCUCUGUGCGUCUUUUUGCGUUGGUAUGGACGAUAUGCAAUUCUUCCUUUCAAGUUGGAAACAUGGCGACCAUUGAAGAGGUUACUUUAGUGUGCUUGAUCUGCAACAGACAGAGACCACUGAGUUUAAGUUGUCCCAUUAACAUUAUAUAGAUGGAUGUAAUUCCGCAUCUUCUCACAGAGUUGCUUUUCAAAGCUUUCCGCCAUUUGUUUAAUCCCUGUAAAGACUCUUAGUUGUUUUCCUGACUGAUUGGACGAUUGACUCUAUACUGCCCCCACGAUUUCCAGUGGUGUUACUCAUUUUGUUUGUAAUCUUUGUAAGCUCUCCUGUGACGUGCACAAUGACGGACAAAACUAAUCAAAAUACAGACGAAAGGCUCUUCCUUCUCUUUCUUUUGUGUAGUGUAUAUAUAUAUAUAUAUAUAUAGGCCUUUACCUGUACACACCUAAUGACUUUACGACUUGAACACCAAGCAUGUUGUUAUGAAAACUUCCACGAGUCUCGUUUUAAGGCACCAAAAAUACACUAUACACUAGCUUUAGCUUUUAUUCUUAUUAUCAGGGCUCUCAUGUUUUGAAGUCAGUUCAGAGUGAGAUUUUGUCGGGAAGGGCAGGGGUAGGUGAGAGGUGUCGGUGGGGGGGUUAUGAUUGUGUGUUGUAUGCGUUGGUGUGUUCAGGACAGGGGUAAGGGGCUGAAUCUGAAUCUAAUCUUUGAAACGAUUAAUGUAUGCAUGGCCAGGAUAUAAAACCUUAAAAUUAAAUAUUACUACUAAAAGUAGCCUCCUGACUAAAAUGGACUAUGUAACGAUCAACUUUCAAAAAGAAACAACAACAGAUGAUGGACAUAUGACUACACUAGUGUAAGACAAGAAAUGAUAACAGAAUAAGCCACACCCCCUUUCUGUGUGUUUUUCAAGUUAUUUAAUUUCAAAUGUUAAGAGGUUAUAAAGUCCAGUCGUGUAUGUAUUGUAUAUGUAUUGUUGUGUGUAGCAGUGACGCUCACGAACUAGUAUCUGUGCUCCAGUUUCUGUGGUCAGAAGCGGCACAUACAGAGACUUUCUGUGCUUUCUGCGCGUUUUCAUGUGCGUUUCCUCCCGGUUCCAUAGCGAUAGCGGCGCGCCAAAAUGAGAAUUUAUAUUCUCAUUUUUUUCAGCGUGAGAAAUACAGUGCAUGACUGUCGCGUUCACUGCGUGAGACUCGAGAGCCCUGUAUUAUAUGAAAAUAUUUCUGCUUCUACCAUCACUUAGAGCAAAUCUUUAGGCUAAUGCUGGGAUCAGACAACACAGUAUUUGUGUCUUUUACAGUGGUCAUCAUGUCAGAUUAUUAAUCACAGCGGCAUGGAUGUUGUGUCUUGUUCGGGCAAAACUACAAGUAUGACCCUGACCAAUCAUCGUUCAUGACCCUGCAUGAGUUCAUAAGUCAUUGGGGAGCCAUUACUCACCAGUUUGCUGAAGUGCCUUCGCUAUUUCUUGCCAACACUAAUCAAUUUAACUUUGUCAUGGUCAUCCCUUGAUGCUAAAACUCAAGAAAACAUCCUUCAGUGUCACUACUCCACCUAACAGCUGCAGCAUCCCUCUUCCUCUUCCCCUUGUCUGUUAAGCCACAUCACUCUGUUAUCCUAUUGGUCAUUGUCCAGGAGAUGUUGUAGGAGAUGUCAGACUAGGCGGGAAAAAUAGGACUUCUCAUCAGGGUGUUGUGGAGCAUCCUAGACACCAAAUCUCUGUUCAUUGAUAUUACACUACACAUGUUUUAUUCACAAUUAACACUGGAAAUAUGUCGGUCAUGACCAAAUGCUUGAAAAUAGGCCUGAAUUCCGUGUAGUCUGAUCCCGGCAUUAGAUAAACUAACAGACUGGCUAUAGCCACACAUUUGUCUUAUUUUUACCAAGUCUUUGAAUUUAAAUCUUUGGAAGAAAAUUAUAUAAUAUACAAAAUGAAAAAACUGUGUUUCUGUGUGUUUAUUCUCCCAAUGCAGCUCACAGCAUUAUCAAAAUUGAAAAGUGACCUUUUCAUUGAGGUUAUUUCUCCAAAUGUUUGGACUCAAGGAACAGGCUGCAUGCUAAGUAACAAGCUGAAAGCGAGAAAAGUAUAUUUGUCUUUUAUGUCUCAAAAGCACCAACAUGUUUCAAAGAGAAUAAUCAAGCACUGGUUCAGUAUGAUUGCAUCUGCUAAAUGAACAUGUCUGUCAAUUAUUGGCCUUCACAAAACAUCUAAGAACAUUGUUUUUGGUUGUAUUUGAUAAUAUCCAUCUCCACCUUGUUACCACUGUCUUCAGCGUCUCCUCGUGUCAGAAUGAAGAUGGAGGCUUUUCCUUGGGCCAUAUUUAUUCAGUUUGAUAGAUAUAGAUAUUUAAUUUAAUAUGCAUGAUUUGCUAUUGAACUUCUUAUACUGUUACAGUACAGUACCAGGACUGAAUUGUACAGAUGUGAGAGAUACUGUAUGUUCGUUGUAUACUAAUACAUAUACUGUACUAUACCUAAUGUGAACUUGCAAAAUUCCUACAAGAGAUAAGCAGUAAAAACCACUAAUAAAGCUCUUAAAUCCA